GUCAACCCCCCUCUCCGCCUCCUUUUCCUUCUCUGUAAAUAAUCUCCCCGAUAUUCAUAUGUUUGGUCUUGUCCAGAAAACUUAACCCACACUUUCGUCUUCCCUACAGGGCUUUCUUGCGUUGUUCGCCUAUCGGACAUUCCUUUCGGCUGCACUGCGCCCGACGCUAUCCUAUUCACUUUUUUCUUUUCUUUUAUUAGAACAUUUGCCCGGUGAGCGGGAUACUUAAUUAUCGGGGAAGAAGCGGGAAUCGACGACCCCGGAGGUUUUUACAUCUAAUAGACAGGUAAUAGAAUCAAAGCCGACCGAUUUAACGUGACCAUUACAUAGAAACUUCCAACAAUGUUUUCAUCUUCCGACCCGCCGUUUAAGACCCGGGCGAUUGAAUUCGCCAAACCGGGGCCCAAGGGCACUCCGGACUCCGUCCCCAUUCCUGGUUCCGAACAGCCAGGUCGUUCACAGGUUUACAGACAUUGGAAGAUCGGAAAUGGCGAAUUGAUGAAGACUCUCGACCCGAAGGUCCGUACCGGCCAUGACAUGUUCGAAAGCACCGCCAUUCGUCAGCCCAAAAAACCGUGUUUAGGUUGGCGUCCAUGGGAUCCCGUUAAAAAGAACUUUGGUCCCUAUGUGUGGAUGGAUUAUGGAACAGUUCAGACACGACGUGCCGCUAUUGGUGUUGGAUUGAUUGAAUUACACCGCCAGAUCGGUAUCCAUGACCGGACCUUCGGUGUUGGCCUUUGGUGCCAGAAUAGGCCUGAGUGGCAACUCGUUGACUUGGCUUGUAUGUCGCAAUCGCUAUUCUCGGUUUCACUCUAUGAGACCCUGGGCCCUGAAGCCACCGAAUUUAUUGUCAAGAAUGCCGAAUUGGCCUGUGUUGUCGCUUCGCUUCCGCAUCUUCCAACGUUGCUUAGGCUGAAACCCAAACUCGCGUGUUUGAAAAUGAUCGUCUGUCUCGACCCAUUAGAUUCGAACGACCAGGCAGGCCAUUCAAAACGCGACAUUCUUGCACCUAUUGCUGCUGAGGUCGGCGUAACAAUUUAUACCCUGGAUGAAGUUGAGAAGCUCGGGGCUUCUCUCAAUCGCCCCUACAACCCGCCUUCGCCUGAUGAUAUUAUUACUAUUAACUACACUUCCGGCACCACCGGUACGCCAAAGGGUGUUGUUCUCACCCAUGCAAACGCAGUUGCGGCUGCGACCACGUCUUUGGCAACUGUAUUGCAGUCCCCUGAUGACGUUGCAUGCUCGUAUCUUCCCCUAGCCCACAUUUACGGAAGAAUGGUUGAGCAAACGAUGCUUUGGGCUGGUGGUAGGAUCGGCUACUUCCAUGGUAACAUCUUGGAGCUUGUCGAUGACUUUAAGCUACUGAGACCUACCGCUCUCGCAUCUGUCCCGCGUCUAUAUGGCCGCUUUGGUGGCGCUAUUCGUGCAGCUACAGUGGAACAGCCUGGAUUCAAGGGGGCCUUAUCCCGCCAUGUCGUUUCCGCGAAAACUGCAAAUCUGGUUGGAGUAAAACCAGAGAAUGCAACUGUGAAGCAUGCUCUGUACGAUAGGAUCUGGAGCAAGAAGGUUGCCGCCGGACUUGGCUUUGACCGUAUGAGAUAUAUGGUAUCAGGUUCUGCGCCGCUCGAUAGCUCACUCCACCAGUUUUUGCGUCUUGCUUUCGCGACUACUAUCGUCCAGGGUUACGGAUUGACUGAAAGUUUUGCGGUUGCGUUGUGCCAGUCGCCAAAUGAUUUGUCUGCGGGUCACUGCGGAGGUGUCUCCCCCGUUGUUGAAGCUUGCUUGAUGUCGCUUCCAGAUAUGGAUUAUUCCGUUGAUGACAAGCCAUAUCCACGUGGCGAGUUGCUUCUUCGUGGUAACUCAAUCUUUAGAGAAUACUAUAAGAAUCCCGAAGAAACCGAGAAGGCGAUGACAGAGGACGGAUGGUUCCGAACUGGUGAUGUGUGCAUGGUUGACGAGCUCGGCCGCUUCACUAUCAUCGACCGCCGUAAGAACCUUCUCAAGCUCGCUCAGGGAGAAUAUGUGUCCCCUGAGCGCAUUGAAGGUAUCUAUCAGAGCGCGUGCCCGUACCUUGGACAAGCCUUUGUUCAUGGUGACGGUAUUCAGACACAUCUUGUUGCUAUUUUCGGCAUUCAACCCGAUAUUUUUGCCUCUUUUGCGGGCAAGGUUUUGAAGAAAACCUUCUCUCCUACGGACUUGGACGCUCUUCGUGAAGCUAGCAAAGAUCCAAAGGUCGUCGACGCAGUGAGGAGAGAUCUCGACCGUGCAGGCAAGAAAUAUAAACUCGCAGGAUUCGAAAGAGUGAAGAAUUUGGCACUGUUCCAUGAGCCAUUCUCGAUUGAUAAUGGCCUGUUGACCCCCACGUUAAAACUCAAGCGUCCUCAAGCCGUCAAGGCCUUUAGAGAUGUCCUGGAUGAGCUCUAUGCUACGGCCCCCGGCAAUGGAGUUAACGAGAACGAUGUCCUUCGAUCCAAAUUGUAGGACAUCUGUUUUUAUUACAUUUUUUGCUUCUGUACCUUCACCUUGUGUAUAUAGUAUAUCUCGAUGUUGGCAAUUUCCUUUUUUUUUUUUUCUUUCUUUCUUGCAAAGCAUGUUGGAUAUUUGCUUUGCACCCAUGAAACAUAUAUAUUUAAGGAUACCGCUACUUCUUUUGUUUUGUCUUCAAGUG